CAUCAAGAUGGCGAGCGAGGCACCCGAAAAGACAGAGCAACCCCCUGCGGAGCCAAAUGGCCCCGUUGAAGGUCCUCUCCAUAUGCCUGCCGGCCUGGAGUCGCGGCUGCCUUCACGAAAGGAUACCUCUCUGCGAGAGUUCCUUAACAAGAUGGACGACUGCGCCCCGAUCAUUCCCGAUGCUGUCACCAACUACUACAUGACAAAGGCUGGUCUCCCUCCACCUCCUCAGACCGACCCCCGCCUGGCGCGCCUCCUGGCUCUCGCUACCCAAAAGUUCAUCGCCGACAUUGCAGCCGAUGCAUACCAAUACAGCCGUAUCCGCGCAUCGAAUACCAACACCAACAAUCCCAUGGGCUCUCUGGGCGCGGCAGCCGGGUUCCCGAUUCCCGGACAGCCGACUGGUCCACCAGGCAGCAAAACCCAAGACAAGGGCGCGCCACUGGGUAUUCAGCGACCAGGAUACGGCGGCGGUGGUCAGGGUGGCAGCCAGAACAGGACGGUUCUUACAAUGGAGGAUCUCGGAAUGGCAGUUGGAGAGUACGGGGUUAAUGUCAAGAGAAGCGAGUUCUAUCGCUAAUGUCAUGAUGGAUGGGUACAUUCGGCGUUCAGGUUUGGCGCGUGGGAAGGUCAGAUAUCCGGCCAACAG